AUGAGUGUACUUCUGGAAACUACUAGAGGAGAUUUGGUUCUGGACCUUGAUUGUGAGACCUAUCCCGUUGAAACAUUCAAUUUUUUAAAGCUUUGUAAGAGUGAUUUCUACCAAUAUCAAUGUUUCUACAACCUAAACAAAGACUACUCUAUCGAAUGUGGCGAUGCGGUAGUUGGAAACAGAUAUCGAGAAACGUUAAGAUUCCAUAAUACCUCAAUCCAAGGCCUUGUGGGUCCCAAGGAUCAAGUGUCUGGUAGGUUAGUUAAAUCAUCGCAGGUGCAUCGAAAAUCUAGAGAGGCACAGGUUGGAGACGUUGCGUUUCUCACGUCUUUGUUAGACGACACAACGCCUUUGGUAGGUUCGAGGUUUAUGAUUUCAUUAGCAGAAUCUGCGGAAUCCUACACUGACGUUGUAGUCUUUGGAAAAGUCACACUAGAUGGAUUGGAUACACUUCGAGAUUGGAACGCCCAGACCGUUGAUAACGAAAAAAGGCCUGAAGUUGACAUACGAAUCAAGAAAGCUCAUGUUCUACACGACCCGUAUCCAGAUCCAGAUGGUUUCAACAUUUUUGAGUUUGAUCCACCGAAGACGGAUGUACGACUACCGCCCAGCGUCAUAGCAGCUGCGAUCCAAGAACAUAAAGAACAUCGACUAGAGAGAGAUAUACGCAGCAAAGAGCUUACGCUCGAAAUCCUGGGAGAUAUCCCGCAUGUGGGGAUCAAACCAUCUGACAGAGUUCUUUUUAUCUGUAAGCUGAAUUCUUUGACGCGAGCUAAAGAUUUGGCAGUAAUUUUCCACAGGUUUGGUGAAAUAGAUACCAUAGAGAUUGUUUAUGACAAAGAGCUAGGCACUUCCUUAUGCUAUGGAUUCAUAGAAUUUGCCGAUAAGAUUUCUUGCGAAAAGGCUUAUUCAAAGAUGGAUGGUGUGCUAAUUGACGAUCGUAGAAUACACGUAGAUUUCUGCCAGAGUUCUAAGAAACUUGACAAGUGGUAA